AUGGUUGUUGAGGAUCGCUCAAAUACGGACACCGAGGUCGAAUCGGAUUCCUCAAAUUCCGAAGGGGAACCUACCUCUCGUCUCGGGCAUGCGACUUCUAGAUGCAAAGUUGUUCCUCCUAAAUGCGGAGUGAUAGAGAAGGGGGCUACUGCAGUUGUGGAUGAGGGUAAUCAAUCACGGGCUAGCAUGGUUACCGAGCUCGGGCCGACCGAUGCCAUUGCUUCCAAUUCUUAG